CCUCUGUUUGCCCCCGGACCACUAUGUUUCGUCUAACCCGCCCGCUCUUCCAACAAAUCCUGAAAUCAAGCACUGGGAUAACGGGACUACAUGUUCAUUCGAACCCACUUCCCGAGCUGGUGAAGACGUACGAGAAUACAUUAUCGUUACUUUCCAAAGUUCCCGAGACCGCUGUCUACCGUCAGGGUGCGGAGGCCCUGACAUCACGGAAACUGAAGAUUGUCCAGGGCGUCAACGGGAACAUUGAGGAAGCGGAGAAGCAGCUAGAUGAGGGACACAUAGAAGAAGUAUUGGAAGUGGCGAAGGACGAAGAAAGCCUCGUGUUGAAGAUGCUGGAGUGGAAGCCAUGGGAACCUUUGGAGGAAAAGCCUGAACCUGGACAAUGGCAAUAUUUUGACAAAGGCUCGUCGCCGGAUUCCUAAACGCAGAAACGUUGUCUCUUUCUGACUAGCUAGGAGUGUGUCGACGGCUGUCGGAUGAUUCGGUACUACCGAUUUCAUGGUGAUCCAUAAUAGCAAGCAACUUUCCACACGUCAUUUCUCCUUUCGAGCAUAAUCCUUCAGUUUCACUGCCCAACUACGAACACUGGUCAUUGUGUCAAUUGAGAGUAAAUGUGGGAC